ACGUGGGCUUCGACGCUUGCCUUUAUUUGGACCCCAGAUUCCAUAAUAUUAUAGAUAAUUCCCAAAAAGAAAGAGCAAUCGAUUUUUUAAACACAUUGUGGGAAAAAAUUAAAAUUUUCGGUUCCAAUCCCAGUAUGACAUACUCAAAUAAUUCAUUGGAUACAGACGCUGGACACACCAAAGACAAUAAUUUCGAGCUGUUAGACGAUUUUUUAAGUGCCAGUAUGGUUGUUCCAAAUGAGUCAACUAAUGUCCAUGCAAAGAUUGAAACACUAAAGUUACCAGUGAUGAAGGCGAAUACAGAUGUUUUAUGUUUCUGGAAAUACAAAAAGUCAACCGAUCCCGAACUUUACGCCCUAAGCAAAGUAUGUUUUGCUAUACCGCCAACUCAAGUUACAAUAGAGAGAGCGUUUUCCUCGUUGAAACUGGUGCUGUCCGAUAAUCGAAAUCGAUUAAGUCAUGAGACUUUGGAGAACAUACUUUUAGUUAGGCUUAAUUCGAAUCAUUUAGAUAGUGCUAUAGAGAAUUUAAGUUUAUUUGAAAAUGAAGAUUAGUAUAUGUUUAUUUACUUUAGUUUCUA